AACUCCUUCCUCUUCAUGGACUCCCCCACCCAGGACCAGCUCUCCGUCAUGGACGCCUGUCUCCACAACCUCUACGACGUCCCCCGCGCAAAGCAGGUCUUCGAGGACCUCCGCCAGUCAAAGGGCGGAGAGCCCCUCCUCGAGCCCCGCAUAUACAACUCUUUUCUCGAGGCCUAUCUCGAGCUGGCAGGCAGGGACCCGGACGAGAGGCACCAGUGGCUCGAGGAGGCAUGGUCUCUCUUCGGUGUCAUGCAGAGCAGGGAGGAGAGCGUGCAGCCGACCGCAUCGACAUAUGCGACCAUGCUCUUGGCCUGGGUCCGGUAUAGCAGCGAUCCGGAAACGGCACCCAAGAACGCAGUGAACCCAAGCCAGCUUCUCUCCCAUAUCGUGGACGAAGAGAUACCCAUCACGUCUGUCGUCGCUGACAGAGCCAUCACCUCGUCGGACGAGGCAGCAAGCAUCAUCACCCUGCUCUCCAAAGCUGCCGUCGAGCUCUCUCUCCCGCGCAUCGUGGGCGAGCUUGGCCAAGCCCACAGCGCGGGCAUGCACGAGAUCGAGGAAGACGCCGUCCCCCAAGCCACGCCCGUCAGAAAGCGAAAGGCAACAACGGUAGACGGCCAGACGUUCGACGAGGAAGUCCCCUUCAACCUCGACAAUCUCCGCAAGCACCUCACCCAGGUCGCCCUCGCCCGUCGCGUGCUCCCCGAGGACGUCGCCUCGCGCCAGAAGCUGCUCGAGGACAGCGCGAUCGACGUCGCCAUUGCGCGUCUACAGCACGAGGCGAAGCUGCUCGACGACCUCGAAAUCGGCAAUCCGCGCCUCAACAAGCCCAAGCUCCGUCAGUGGAUGUGGGAGUGGCACACGCGCCUUACCGCGCGCCUCACCGCGGAGGUGCGCGAGGUCGUGGACGCCGAGCGGCAAGCUGGUGCCACACCAGCACCCUCGAACCGCAAACCCGCGACGCAGAUCGGCCCGUUCCUUUCCCUCAUCAAGCCCGAAAAGCUCUCGCUGCUCGUCAUCCUCGAAGUCAUGCGCCUCUCAGGGUCAGGCGGCGUCCUCGACGGGAUGAAGACCGCGCGCGCGCUGCUCACCGUCGGCCGUGCGGUCGAGAACGAGUACAAGGCGGAGAUGUGCAAGAAGAACAACAUCGCGGUGCCGCAGCACACGCGCUUCUCGGGCGAUGUCAAUUUCUUCUCGGGCAACGGAUAUAAAGCGCUGCAGGCAGGGCGGCUUGCGGCGGCCAAGUACCUCGAGGAGAACGAGGAGUGGACGUCGGACUGGACGCAGCAGCUGCGGGUCAGGAUCGGCGGCAUUUUGGUGGACUGUUUGAUGGAUGUGGCGACGAUCGAGCGGCAGGCGGUGGAUAAGCGGACGGGGGAGAAGAUUUCGGAGCAGCAACCGGCGUUCUACCAUGCGUACGAGUACGUGCGGGGUCAAAAGUUGGGUGUUAUACGGAUCAACCCUUUUGUCGCGGAGCACCUCGCCAAGGACGGGAUGCAGGGCACGCUGCACCCGCGCCAUCUGCCCAUGCUCGUCCAGCCGAAGCCGUGGGUCAACGCCGAGCAGGGCGGGUACAUCUACAGCAAAUCCUCAGCGAUGCGGUACAAAGACUCGAUCGAGCAGCAAAAGUACCUGCAGCACGCCUCCGCGCUGGGCAACUGCGAGCUCGUGUACGCAGGGCUGGAUGUGCUGGGGAGCACACCGUGGAAGGUGAACGAGAAGGUGUUCGAUAUCGUGCUGCAGGUGUGGAACUCGGGCGAGCGCCUCGGCAAGAUGCCGCCGGCGGUGUUCGAUGUGCCCGAGCCGGAGCGGCCCGCGAAUGUGGAGACGGACGUGAAGGCGAAGACGGUGUAUGGGCAGCGGAUGCGCGCGUGGACGAACGAUAAGGCGAAUGCGCACUCGGAUCGGUGUAGUGUGAAUUAUAAGAUCGAGGUCGCGAGGGCUUUCCUGGGCGACACGAUGUAUCUCCCACACAACCUCGACUUCCGUGGGCGCGCGUACCCGAUUCCGCCGCAUCUGAACCACCUCGGGGACGACCUGAGUCGCGGCCUGCUGAGGUUCGCCAAGGGCAAGCCCUUGGGAGUGCGGGGUCUGCGGUGGCUCAAGAUCCACAUCGCGAACUUGUACGGGUUCGACAAGGCGAACUUUGACGAGCGCGAGGAGUUCGCGAUGAAGUAUCUCGAGGAGAUUUACGAUUCGGCUGAGAACCCGCUUACGGGCAAACGAUGGUGGAUGAAAGCCGACGACCCGUGGCAAUGCCUCGGCGCGUGCAUCGAGCUCAAGGCCGCGCUCGACGCGCCGGAGCCGACCGCGUACGUCUCGCAUCUGCCCGUGCACCAGGACGGGACGUGCAACGGGCUGCAGCACUACGCCGCGCUCGGCGGAGAUCAGCAGGGCGCCGCGCAGGUGAACCUCGCGGUGACUGACCGCCCCUCGGACGUGUACACGCACGUUGCGAAGAUGGUGGAGCGGCGGCUGGCGGAGGACUGCGUCAAGGGCGAGAAGCAUGCGGAGUUGCUGUUGGGCAAGAUCACGCGGAAGGUGGUGAAGCAGACGGUGAUGACGACGGUGUAUGGGGUGACGUUUGUGGGUGCGCGAGAUCAGAUUGAGCGGCAGUUGAGUGAUCGGAAGGAUAUUCCGGAGGAGGCGUGUUGGGCUGCUGCUGCGUACUUGGCGCAUAUUACGCUGAACUGCAUUGGCGACCUGUUCAGCGGCGCCAAGGCAAUCCAGAACUGGCUCAACCUCUGCGCGCGGCUCAUCUCUAAAUCCAUACCCGCCGAACGCGUCGCAUCGGCGCUCGAGGCGCCCAAAGCGCGCAAGGGCAAGGGCGCGAAGGCCCUGGCCGAGGGUGGCAACGGCGGCGCGAACAACCGGAUCAAGAACGAGCAGAUGACGUCGGUGGUGUGGACGACGCCGCUGGGCCUGCCGAUUGUGCAGCCGUACCGCAAGGACAAGAAGAAGCAGAUUAUUACCAGUUUGCAGACGGUGUUUAUCUCGGACCCGAAUACGCCGGCGGAGGUGAACACGAUGAAGCAGGCGUCGGCGUUUCCGCCGAAUUUUAUACAUAGUUUGGAUGCGACGCAUAUGAUGUUGACGGCGUUGGAGUGUCGGAAACAAGAUAUUACGUUUGCGUCGGUGCACGACUCGUACUGGACGCACGCGGCGAGCAUCGACGAUAUGUCGGCCAUCAUCCGGAGCACGUUUGUCGAUCUGCAUUCGUCUGAUAUUCUCGGUCGGCUGCGCAGCGAGUUCGAAGAGCGCUACGCGACGCACAAGAUCCCCGUCGCGUCCCUUUCGAGCAAGUCGCUCAUCAAGUCGCUCCAGCAGUCCGGCGUCACGAUCGACCCCGCCUCGGAGAUGGCGCGGGCGGUCGAGAACACCGGGCUGGCGUCGCUCUUCGCCUCCGAGGGCGACAACACGGUGGAGACCGUGAGCGAGGAUGGCACUGCGAUCAAGACCACGCGCCGCCGGCGCAAGCCCAGGGCCGCCAAGGCCGAUGCUGACAGUGCCGAGGCCGAGGCCGGGGCUGAAGGCGACGCGGUUGCGGUGAGCCCCGAGAUGUCGACGAAGUUCGUGGACAUGACGGCGAUGCUGCCGCCGUUGCCGAAGAAGGGCGACUUUGACGUCGAGACGAUCAAGGGCUCGCUGUACUUCUUCUCGUAAAUCCCCUCCUCCGCCUCUUUCUCUUCCUUUUUUUUCAAUGCUUUUUGCAUUGCUCGGUUUUCAUCGUUCAUCGUUCAUCGUACAUUAUUCACUUUUUAUCUCUGCUUGUGAUCGCAUCAUUCCCCCCGUUUUUUUCUUUCUACAUACAGCUUUGGUUUAGUUCUCCCUUGCUCUCGCACCCCCAUUCACCAUUCACCAUUAACAUGCACAUAUACACACUCCGUACAGCUCACUGGCCCCUAUAA